GGUCACAUUUCUCAAGCAAGGUCAACUACAACGAACAAUAUCAACAAUAUCUCAUUCAAACUAUCAUCAACAACAAAUCAACAUGAAUGAUGAUAAUGUUAAUCAAAAUACUCAUGAAGACUCAUCUGAAUCUAAUCAAGAUAUCAACCAUCAAGCCGAUUCAAAUCUCGAUAGAAACAAUCAAGUAGAACCUACUAAUUCGAUGGAUAUCGAAAAUGGAGAAACAAAUCAAGAUCAGAAUCAAGAAAAAGAGUCAAACGAACUCAUUAAUUCGCAAAAAUAUGUCGAAGGUCUCAUUUACCCUCCACCUGAGAUUAGAACUAUUGUUGAUAAGACGGCAGCAUUUAUUGCCAAGAAUCCCAACCCACAACUCUUCGAGGAUAAAAUUCGUCAACGAGAAAAGACCGAUUCUCGAUUCUCUUUCCUAAGCCCUGAUGACGCAUACAACGCCUACUAUCGACAUCAAAUUCAAAGCAUUAAAAAUGGAGAUGUUCCCAAUGUACCAGCACCCAAUAAUGCUACCAAUAGCUCUUCAGCCGCACCUGUGACAGCUGAUGCGGAUCCAGACAAACCACCCGAACCAGCACCUCUACCUUUCUUAAUCGAACCCGAUCAAAUGCCCAAGAUAAACUCGGUAGAUCUUGAAAUCAUUAAACUUACUGCGCUCUUCACCGCUCGACUUGGUCGCAAAUUCGUUUCUGAUCUCAGUAGUCGUGAAAGUCGGAAUUAUCAAUUUGAUUUCUUAAGACCUGCUCAUUCUCUAUUUGGAUUCUUCAACCGACUCGUUGAACAGUAUACUAAAGUCUUGAUUCCGACCCCUGAGACUUUGGAAAGACUCGAGCGCCUGGCUGGAGGAAAAGCCAUUGAUCGCAAAAGGUUAGAUGUUGCAAAGGCUGCUCAAGCUCAGAAAGAACGGACUAUCAUUGGUAAAAGAGAAGUGAUGACGGAAGUUGAAAGUCGAAUCAAAUGGGAACGUUACAAAGGUCUUGAAUUGAAGAAAAAGACGACUGAGGAAGAGAAGGAAAAGAAAGAGUUUAAUGAGAUUGAUUGGGAAGAUUUCAUUGUGGUUAGUACGGUGGAAUUUACUGAGAAUGAUGAGGUGAUCGACUUGCCACCACCGAUGAGUAUCAGUGAAGUGGAAAACAUGACGAUUGCUCAAAAGAAGAUGGCUGCGAUGGUAAUGGAAGGAAAAGACAUGAGCACGAUCGAUGAAGAACAACUGAAUGCAACCAACUUACGUCAUGAUCAAGAGGCAAAUGAAAUGUUGGAAGAUGCUAAACGAUCAGCUGAAGAAGCCAAGGCUAAAGCAGCCGCUGAGGAUCAAGAUGAUUCACAACGAGAUGAUGAGGAUAACAAUAAGACAGAGGGUAAGCAAGUUGCAGAAAUCAAAAAGCUGAAUACGACUGGAAUGAAGAUUCGAAAAGACUACGUUCCGAAAAACAAACAACUUCAGACGGCACAACAGCAAGCUCAAAAUGCCAAGGUGAUUACUACCCUGUGUCAAAUUUGUGGUCAACAAAUCAAUGUCAACGAGAUUUCCGAGCAUGUGCGAAUUGAGCUAUUGGAUCCUCGAUGGAAGGAAAAGAAACAAACAACUGAAUUGAAUCGAAGUUCUUCAAAUAUGUUAACACUGGGUUCAGAUGUAUCUUCAUCUUUGCGGGAUUUGGCCAAAUCAAGAUUAGAUAUCUUUGAAGAGAAUGUAACAGAAGAAGAGAAGAUGAGAAGAGAAGCUGAACAAAAGAAACUCAAACAAUUAGCCAAAGAAAAAUAUACAUGGGAUGGUCAUAUCAAUACUGGCGAACGAAUUACAAAUAUUUAUCAAACUGGUGCCAAUCUUGAUGAACAGAUUCAAGCUCUACAUCGUUCUAAAGGUCUUACAGGUGAAUCGAUACAUUCUGGACCUCAAAUAGGACCGCUUCCAGGUGCUAUGCCUGCUCAAGCAACACCUCCGCAGCCCAAUCCGACCUUACUUCAACAACAGCAGCAACUCCAACUGCAGCAGCAACAUAUUCAGCAACAUAUUCAAAACAUCACUAGCGGUCUUACAGGCUCAGGCGAGCCUAUACCUGUACAUCAACAACCAUCCUUUGGCGGCGGUGCUACCUUAUCUGCUGCACCUCAACCUCUCUCCGCCCGACCCCCUCUUAUUGAUCCUGGUCGAGCUGCUAUGAUGUCUGGCUCGAUGCCACCACCGAUGAUGAACCUCGGCGUUCCCCAACAGGGAAUGGUCCCCGUGGCAUCUCCGCUUGCACCCGGUAUGCUACCCCCAUCUAACCCAGCUGACGAUCCAAAUGGGAUGGCUGGCGCAAAUCCCGCUUCUGGUCUAUCGCCUAAUCCAGCUCAGUCAGCCAAUGGUUUACCACCCUUAGCUCCUGGUGGAUUUUCGACUCUCGCACCUCCUGGCUUACCUGGUCGACCUAACGUACCAGACUUUGGUGCCGGCAUACCCGGACCUCCUCCUCCUGGGGGUGUGAGUGUGGGUGGAACGGUAGCACCAGGACAACUAACACCUAUGACCGCUCAAAUGGUAAUUGAUAGUAUUACAGGAAGUAGUAGUGGUGGUGGACAAACUCGUCCAGCAGAUGACGAGAAUGGAUUGGAAGGUCAACCAGGUGCAAAACGAGUGAAGGUUGGAGAAGAACUUCCUGUGGUGGCUGUUGCUCCACAAUUGUUUACUGAAGAACAAUGGAUAGAAAUGCAUCCUGACCCGAUUCAAAUAUUAAUCAAAUUACCUGUUUAUGAAGAUAAACCUGAAUGGGGGUGUGAUGGAAGUGAGAUCACGUUAGAUGAGAUUCCGAUCACAUUAUUAGUGGGAGUUUUAAGAGAUAAACUUUUGAAUUUGAAAGGGAUUCCAGUAGGUCGACAACAGUUAAGAUUAGGUAGUAAGAUUUUAGCUAAUCAAGUCACUCUAGCUUCUUUGAAUUUAAAAAAUGGAGAUAUGAUUGGAUUGACGAUUAAAGAACAACGUAAAAAGUGAGAAAGUGAAAAGGUGAAAAUGAUAUGAAGGUUUCUUUUGUGUUUUUUAUGAUUGUGAUUUGGUUGUAUUUGUUUAUCAAAUAUGAAGUUUGAUUACUUUUGAAUUGAAA